AUAAUAUUGAUAAUUUUAUAGAUAAUAAGAGACAUGAAACAAAUGGAGAAUGGAGUAGGACGGUCCAAACAGUUCGGCUUUGUAGCUUUCAAUAAACAUGAAGAUGCUCUAGCUGCUUUACGGAAUAUAAACAACAACCCCGAGAUAUUUGGAGCCGAGCACAGACCUAUUGUAGAUUUCUCAAUUGAGAAUAGGAAAGCAGUCCAGGCCCGGCAGAAGAGAGAAGAGAAGAGUAAACAAAAUAAUCCAAACUUCAAGGGACGGAAGAAUGAAAAUCCAGAGCGUCCAGCACACAAACACAAAAAGUUGGACGGCGAGAAACCGGUUAAAACCGGGUUCACUGGAACCAUUUCCGAUCCCAAGGUGAAAACGCUUCCUAAACAUUCGGGUCCGAAAAUCCGCCACGACGCCCCGAAAAUUACACGAAAAGAUCUACGGAAAAAGGAGCAGGAUCGGAAAAAUCCGAAAAAGCGGCAGCGUCUUGAACCUCUUCGCUCAGAUCCAGAGCAGCCGAAACAGAAGAAAUCGAAAACAAAUCCAGAAAGAGCAUCGAAGGCGGAUAAGAAGGAUGAGAAGGAGAACAAAGCAUUUGAUAAGCUUGUGAAUCAGUACAAAAACAAAUUUGCAGAUAAUCAACAAGUUAUUAAAAAAUGGUUUGAAACGUGAUUUUUUUAUUUCAGAAA